AUGUCUGCCCCUCAAGACUCUGUCCCGUCCAACGGCGCCGACCUCAACGAAUCAUUCGACCAGCUCAAGCUCAACGACGAGCCGCGCCUUGGUCCCGAUGGAGAGCCGGCUCCCAAGACGGACGAGGAAUACGCACAAACUCAGAUGACCUUGCGGGCUAUUGUGUCUUCGAAGGAAGCUGGGGUAAUCAUUGGAAAGGCUGGCAAGAAUGUCGCUGAUUUGCGUGAUGAGACUGGCGUCAAGGCUGGCGUGAGCAAGGUUGUUCCCGGCGUCUAUGACCGUGUUCUCACCAUCACCGGCGGCUGCGAAGCCAUCUCCAAGGCCUAUGCCAAGGUUGCCUCUGCUCUGAUGGAAGGCGCUCCUGCUAUGGGCAUGGGAGGCGUCGUCGCUGCCAAUGGAACUCAUCCCAUCAAGCUUCUUAUCUCUCACAACCAGAUGGGCACCGUUAUUGGUAGACAAGGUCUCAAAAUCAAGCAUAUCCAGGAUGUGUCGGGUGUGCGCAUGGUUGCGCAAAAGGAAAUGCUGCCGCAGUCUACCGAGCGUGUUGUCGAGGUCCAAGGCACCCCUGAGGGCAUCCAGCGUGCGACUUGGGAGAUUUGCAAGUGCUUGGUCGACGACUGGCAGCGCGGCCAGGGCACUGUCCUCUACAACCCUGUGGUUCGCACAGGAACUGGCGCGGGCGCGCCGGCGAUGGGAGGUGCUAGCAGCUACCCCCAGGAGAGGGCCCCCUAUGGCGGUUCAUCCCGUGUUACACGGACCGGCAACGGCGCCGACUUUAGCAAUGGCGGCCCUCGCCAGUAUAACCGUCGCUCCGAUUCCGAUGCUGCUCAGCGCGGCCCUCCCACACACGACGAGAACGGCGAGGAAAUCCAGACGCAGAACAUCAGUAUUCCCGCUGAUAUGGUUGGCUGCAUCAUUGGCCGUGCUGGUUCCAAGAUUAGCGAGAUCCGCAAGACUUCUGGAGCUCGCAUCUCGAUUGCCAAGGCCCCUCAUGACGAUACCGGUGAGCGCAUGUUCACCAUCAUGGGUAGCGCCAAAGCCAACGAGACGGCCCUCUAUCUUCUGUACGAGAACCUCGAGGCCGAGAAGAUUCGUCGCCAGGAGAUGCAACAAUCUGGUCAGGUUUCUGCUUAG